AUGCAAACUUGGCCGAUCGCUUAUUGGCCUGACGGGACGACCAAAUGGACUAGCCAUGCCAUACCAAAGACGACUGUGGUAGAGGGCGCUUAUGAUGUUAAAGCCGAACGCGAUGACUCCCACGCGACUAGCCAUCCUGCUGCGAUUGACGUCAACGAAACUUCCGAGAGCAUCAAAAUAUCGACUGGAAAGAUCACAGCUGCUUUCCCAAAGUCGGGCACCACAAUAAUCAAGGACAUCAUCAACGCCAAAGGCGACACCGUGGGGACCGACGGCCACCUCGUUCUGCUUUCUCAAACUGGAAUCAGUGAUCCCGAAACCCCGAAUCCGUCCAUUCUAUAUCAUCAGUUCAACUGCGCGAUCGACAAAGUAGAGCUAGAACAGGCUGGGCCCGUUCGUGCUGUCAUAGCUGUAAGCGGAGUGCACUCCGAAGUUUCACGAAGCACUUCGGCCAAGACGGCUUCACACCCGGACUGGAUCCCCUUCAAACUGCGAUUCUAUCUAUACUCUGGAUCGGAAGCUAUUCGAGUUGUUCACACGAUCACGUAUGACGGGAACAAUAACGACUUCAUCAGAGGCAUCGGGAUCCGACUGAAAGUUCCCCUCGCACGCGAGGCCCCUUUCGACCGUCACGUUCGUUUUGCCGGCGCGUCAGGAGGUACACUUUGCGAAAGCGCCCAAGGUAUUACGGGGCUAUGGAAAGACCCAGGGAAGGAUGCGAGACUCGCCCAAGUCCAGGGGAAACCUCUUCCACCCCCUGAUUCAUGGAAUCCUGAGCUGCCGCAGGCUUCUCUCCGAUGGAUUCCUACUUGGAACGAUUACAGCCUGCACCAGCUUUCCUCAGACGGCUUCACACUUGAGAAGCGCCUGAAGGAAGGCCAUCCAUGGAUCAAGACAGCCAGCGGGACAAAGGCAGGAGGCUUGGUCUACGUCGGUGGUGCCAGUAGGGGCGGGCUCGCGGUUGGAUCGAGACAUUUCUGGGAGCGGUACCCAACUGCAAUCGAUGUGCGCGGUCUUGGAUCUUCUCAAGAUACAGCCGAGUUGACACUCUGGCUUUACGACCCGAAAGCCGGGCCAAUGGACCUGCGUCCCUACCAUGACGGUUUGGGACAAGAGGGUUUUGACGACCAGCUUGACGCGCUGAAGAUCACUUAUGAGGACUGGGAGCCGGAGCUUGGAUCGCCGUUUGGAGUUUCCCGUACGAACGAUCUUUUCUUCUUCGCGACCGAGUCAACACCAGAAGCAAACGAUUUUGCAGAUUUAGCCAGAUAUAUCCGGGAUCCCCCAAAACUGUUCGCUGACCCAGAAGCCAUUCAUGCAAGCGGGGCCUUUGGCAAAUACUGGUCUCCAAGAUCUCAUCCAGCGGCCAAGAGUUUGGUUGACAUUGAUGAAAGACUCGAUUUUCUGUUCGAAUUUUAUAAAGAGCAGGUCAAACAGCGUCGAUGGUACGGCUUCUGGGACCACGGAGACAUCAUGCACACGUAUGAUGCUGAUCGCCAUACGUGGCGUUACGAUGUUGGUGGAUAUGCGUGGGAUAAUUCAGAACUUUCGCCGGACCUAUGGUUAUGGCUGUUCUUUCUGAGGUCCGGACGACCGGACGUGUUCAAUAUGGCAGAGGCCCUCACGCGCCAUACUGGAGAGGUAGACGUGUAUCAUUCAGGGCCGUACAGAGGCCUUGGGACACGACAUGGCGUACAACAUUGGAGCGAUAGCUGCAAACAGGCUCGGAUAUCCAACGCGCUUUAUCGCCGCUUCUUCUACUUCCUUUCCGGCGGUGACGAACGUGUUGGGGAGCUUCUUGAGGAGACGCUAGAGACGGGUCAAAACUUCCUGACCUUGGAUCCUUAUCGUAAAGUUCGCAAAGAUCGGGAAACCUAUAAGCCAGAUCCACAUGGUGUUGAAAUCAGUCUCGGCACGGAUUGGGCAGCGCUGGCUGCAUCUUGGCUCAUCGAGUAUGAGCGUCUCGGACCAAGAUGGAUCGAAGCCAAGAAGAAGCUCUUUGCGUCUAUCGAAGGUAUUGGUAGACUGACGAACGGUUUUGUCACUGGCAACGUGACGUACGACCCCGCAACCGGAAACAUCACUCCUCCAUUGGUUGAUCCUGAAAACAGAGGAGUUGUGAAAGUAAGCCAUUUGAGCGCCAUGUUUGGAUUGUUUGAGGUCGCUGCAGAGAUCUUCCAACUAUUCCCUGAGCAAGCCAAAGCUUCUGGCUUCAGAGCAGCGUGGCUGGACUACUGUGCUUUCUUUAGCGCCAGCGCAAGUGAACAGGAGGCUCAAUUUGGACAAUCUGGUUGGGGGCAACUUCAACUUCGUCAAGGCCAUUCUCGCUUAACGGCCUUUGCAGCCAGAGAAUUGAGUAGACCUGACCUAGUCAAGCGUGCACUGGAAGAAUUCGAAAAUGGAGAUUCAUUUCGCGACUUUGUACCCAAUGUGCCUUGGACGAGCACUCGUAUUGAUGAGGCGUACGUCCUUGAACCCACUGAUGAGGCACCCUGGGUAUCUACAAACAUCGCAGCGCUCUAUGGUCUGUCGGGUAUUCAAAAUUUGGCUCUCAUCACAGACGAAUAG